GCACUCCCUGAAAUCGGACAUGCGUGCGGCCAUAACCUCAUAGCAACCUCAACCCUCGCAUCGGCCGUUGGUGUGUCUGCAGCCAUGAAGCAAUUCAACAUCCCCGGCACAGUCAUUGUCAUGGGAACGCCGGCUGAAGAGACAGGCGGAGGCAAGUUUAUCAUGGCCAACCAUGGGGCAUGGAAAGACUGCAGUGUGGUCAUCAUGACCCACGCCAUGCCGUACUUCUCCAUUGCCAAAACAGUGACCAAGGCAUCAUGGAAAUUCAGGGCCAAAUUCCAUGGCAAGGGCUCGCAUGCCGGUGCUGCGCCAUGGGACGGCGCAAAUGCCUGUGAUGCCAUUGUUAUGGCAUAUAAUGGCCUCGCACUUCUUCGACAGCAUAUCCAGAAAACGGAGAGCAUCCACUCUGUGAUCUUAGAAGCGGGGAAAGCACCCAAUAUCAUCCCUAAUUAUUCAGAAGGCAGUUUCUCUCUCCGUGCGUUUGAUUCCGUGGCGCUGGAGCGUUUGCGAAGCCGGGUCAUUCCUAUCUUCGAAGGAGCUGCAGCGGCCACUGGUUGCACGGUGGAAUUGUUCUGGGAUGCGCUAUACGAAGAUGUCCUUACCAAUAUGGCGUUAGCAAACCGAUAUACGGAUUACAUGGUAAAUGAGCUGGGUCUCACAGCAGAGGAAAUACUCGACCCCCCUACUCAGUCCUCAAAAGUCCAUCAAAAUGGUAGCUCGGACUUUGGAAACUGUUCCUAUAUCCAACCAGGCAUUCAAGCCUUGUUCAGUAUCAAUGCUGCCGAUAUGCCACAUACGCCUAGCUUCCAGCAAGCGUCAGGAACAGACCAUGCGCACGCAGAGGCUCUCAGAGCCGGAAAGGCAAAUUCUUUGAUCGGGUUGGAUGUGCUUCGUGACCAAAGUUUCUAUCAGACAGUAAAGGAAGAAUGGGAACAAUCAAUGAAGGAAAGGGGCCGUCUAUAG